ACGACUCAUGCGCCUCAACUCUUACGAAUGCAACAUGCAUGACAUUGUGCGUCUCGAAGAGACACAUUUUCAACUCUCCAGUGUUGUAAUGUUUUUUUAUGUUGGUUUGUUAAGCAACUUUUUCACCCGACGGAGCUCUAGCGUGAGCACCAAAGCGUGAGUUUUAACCCCGUUAGAAAAUCGUGUGACUUUUUGAAUGAUGUACACUAUCACCAGAGGUCCAAGCAAAUUGGUGACCCAGCGGCGCACAGGGCCCACGCAGCCGCUCGAAAGCAAAACAAACGACUUCAAGCACAAGCAGACGACCUGGAGUUUGCCCGAUCUUCCGGCACCCAAGAUUGUUUUUAACCGGCCUAAUGGCAAAAAAUACCACCAGCCCUCCCUGAGUCUGCCCAUGGACCCCCGGAAGGAGUGGGAGUCACCGGCGGCCCACGAGGACAACGUAAAGUUUGUGUAUGAGGCCUGGCAGGAGGCAAUUCGGCACGAGCAAGGAAACAGCCGGACGACAAGAAGCGUGCCGGCUACGGCAGCAGUCCACUAUAUAGACGACACUCCAAGCACUCAUAUGAAUGACUUUGUGCCUAUAGAUCUGGACGAGUGGUGGGCGCAGCGCUUCCUCGCCAACAUAGACAAACUUUCCUGACGUUUCUCCCGAGGGUUCGGAGAGAGUUUCCGGAUCCUCGAAACGCAGGAAGAGUCAUUUGGGACGAGGUCAGAAAUGCGACAGAAAGGGGAAGUCGGGACGCUGGAGCCCUAAAGUACAGAGGCUCACUUUCCCGUGGCCAUUUUGACUCGAUCUUUAGACAUGAAGUCUAACAUACAGGAUAUGUCAUGUUCUCCAGAAACUGCCAGCUUAUUUUCCAUUCGUCUUCAGUUU